AUGGUACAGCGAGCCGCAUGCAGCAUCGAGGCGAGCACAUUCUCCAAUGGUGUGCGGAUCAGCGACCGGGAAGGAAGAACAUCGGACGUUGUCCCGACGGAAGUGCCGUUCUUAGGCCAGGAGACGCGCAACGUCCACGACGUGGCAGGACGUGGCAACGCGAGAUUCUCCCUGUUCAAGUGGUUCAAACGGUCCGGUAAUCGAGAGUCCACCAGGGAGAAGAGGCGGGAGACCAUCGGAGACAAAUACCGAGAGACAAAUGAGAACGGCCGGCAACGAAGCGUCUCGUCGAGCACCGAGAGCGUAGACACGUUUUACAGUACGACCACGGUUCGCAGUUUCGCCUUUCACGCUGGUACCUUGAGCGAAUGCAAUGGAUUAUCGUUGGACAUACUAGAGCAAGCGGCCGAAGUUGGCCCGUUCGCGGCUGGAGCCUCGAAGGUUACAACAAAGGUUGGCAACAAAGAGAACAAGCUGGCGGGUGUUACUUGCACGUUGCCGGCGAACGCUCACUGUCACAGAAGAAGAAACAUAUCCGCCAGAUAUUCGCUGCAACCGUCGACUACCUUCAUCUCUUACGGAAAUUUACCGCUUUACGAUCAACGGCUGUUGCAAUCGUUCAAGAGACGAUCGUUGGACGAUCCGAAAGCUCGUUACAGCGUGAACUCCACCUGCAGGGGUGUACACGUGAAAGGGAAACGACGAGCGCCGAAUCCACCGGUCGUUUCGAUCAAAGCAACGGAGGUAGAUGCACGGGAAACAGCGAGGAGCAGCAGCAGGCGAAAGCGACGCGCGCCGAAACCACCGGAGAGGACUGUCGAUAGCAGUAAUUCGUUUGAGAAAACGUGCGAUGAACAGAUCACCGAUGGCGGGAUGGACGUUGAAACGCGAGCAGACAUCGCCGAGGACGUGCAAACUCUGAGCAACGACACGCUGGUCCUUCAAGGGGGCGUUCUGCUGCCGAAAAGGGAAUUGAAACGAGGCACGAGGGAGAAGAACGCGAGGGAUACGAGCACUGGCUCGUCGGACAUCGCCGUUCUUCACGAGACGAACCAGACUGUGGCGCCUGGCAUUGGAACUCUGAACACAGCCAUGCCACGACCUUGGUACAAACGGAGCGUCUUCGAACAUUCUCGAGAUUCCGGGACGUCGAGGAGGGGCGAUGUCCUCCGAGGGCAAACAAGCUCGACGAUCGAACUAAAAGAAGAAUGCGCUGCCACGAACACGUCCUCUCCCACGGGCUACUCCCACCUGGACGGGUCUUUGUCUAGGCUGAGCUUCUUUCAUCGGGGCGGGCAAGCGGAGGAGAGAAAACGCGAAGCGAAACGAAGAUCCGGCCUGUCGAUUCUGACGAAUAUCAGCGAGCUUGACAAAGAAGCCGCAGCGAUCGUUCAAGAGGAACAGGCACGAGCGAGAGCCUCGAUGCUGUUGAAAUCGUCGAGAUUCGUGGACUCAUUCGAGAAAAGGAACGAGAUGAACGAGGAGCUCGUUCAAGACAUCGUCACGUCGGCGAUGGAAAGUUCGUCGCCCAGGCGUGGCACGCGGGCUCUGAUUUCCAAGUUCAACGCCAUCAGCAACAUCACCAAGGUCACGGUGAACGCCAAUUUCUUCGCAAAGAGAGACGCAACCAGAGAUUCGCCGCAGCCGGCGAAAUUUGAGCGAGACGUGGUGAGGAACGCGAAGGCCUUCGAGCAUGCCAACGAUUGGAGGGACUAUUCGAUAUCUUCCGUUCAAUCCACCAGUGGACAACAAGCCAGUCAUAUUGACAAAGAUAUAUCCAAGUACUUCCCGCAACAGCAACAGAAGACAGCUAGAAAUCGAUCGGAGAUGGGUGCGAAGGCCAGUUCGGCCAAGGAGCAGAACGAUCGGCUGGCCAAUGAAACUUCCAACAGAAUAUCGUUCUUGCAGAGCCAAUUGGCUACGAAUCGAAUGAACGAUCAGGCGGCUCGGGGGCAUAGCGCAGUGGCUGUAAUAGAGGAGAAAAUUCGAUGCAGACAGACGAAAGCCUCGGACGAAAGGAGAGAGAAGGAAAGAAAAGCGAGUAACGAGGAUCAACGGAGAUCCUUGUUUGCUGGUGGCUCUGUGGAAACUAAAGAACGGGCAGCAUCGGACAUCUUUGAGGAACCAAAGAAGCUGGACAAGCGACGUAUCGAUGGUGUUCAAAAAGAGUUCUCGGAUAUAUUCGACGAGAUCGACAAGCAACUACGUAUGAAAGAUUUGAAAUUUAUUGAUCGCGGGACGGCCCGCGCGAAUAACGCCACAGACAAUAAUCAGAAAAAUAAAGUUCUCGAGGAGGAGGAAGCCGGAAUAUCAAGUAAGGUAACUAAAGUGCUCGAUAUCCUGGUGGAAGCGGAGAAAGACGCUAAGACAAAGAGCGGCGCGCUGUCAGAAAAAUCGAUACCCGCCGAGGAUGCCUCUCGCCCGACCGAUCAGAACGUGAAAACGAAAUCGGCUAAGACUAGGUCGCCGUUAUUGAACACCAUCGAGGAUCCAAUUACAACGGAUUUAAAGGAGAUGUUGAAGGAAAUGAAACACUCGUUACCAAAGCGUUCGAAGCCCGGGAAGAUUGUGACACGUAACACCGACGUGACUGAGGAACUGGCUCUGGAGAAAGAGGCGGCGGCUGCCCCUAGCAAGACUACGUAUUUCGUUUCCGCUGUAACGAACGUCGAGAAUAUAGCGUUACAAAACGAUUACGAGCUGGACAAACAGAAGGUGUCGUGUUCUGUGCAAACCAGUGGAAAUGUACGACGAUUGAAUCAGCCAUCUACGUCUGCGGAACAACCGUCCACCUCGCGAUGGAAGCAAGAAGAUAUCCUCUAUAAAACGUCCGGCGAGAGCGUAGAUGAUUCUGAACUGGUGAAAAAUACGUUUCAGCUGAUAAGACCGCGGGAUUUCGCUGAGAUCGAGACGACAAAAACGACGAGGACAUCCGCGUUCAACGAAAACACUUACGCCAAUGUGAUCGAGCAAUCGAUCUACGCGAACGCGCGUGUCCCACCCUCGCCCAAACAACUUACUCGCUCCUCGCGAAAUAGCGUUACGAAAAUUGAUAGUACCGGCAAAGUGUCGAAAACACGGCCGACACUUGAACAGAAAUUCGCUGUGAAAGAAGACGCGUACGAGAGUAGCGAAGAAGAUGACAAUUUAGGGAAAAAGAAGAAUAUGAACACACUGGCCAUAAACCGAUUACUGAGAAAGUUAGAGGCGGCAAUUGCAUCUGGUUACCAUCAACAAGCAGCUGGUUUGGCGAAGGAGCUAGCCCGGCUUAAGAUCCAUUGUUCCGUGAUUCGACAACGAUCAGGCUAUCUCAAAGAUCGGUUGAUUAAAGUCAAUAUGUACAUUGAAGACAAGCUUGCCCACAAGGGGCCGAUACCUCUUCAGCUGCCGAGCAGAAUGACGGUGGCCGAGUUGAAAGAGAAGAUACACAUGGAAUUCGAGAUACCGACGAGCGUGCAGCGAUGGAUUAUUGGCAAAACUUUAGCGAAUCGCGAUGAGGCGACUAUCAACGAAUUACAAACUGUCAAUGGCUCACCGGUAUUUUUAUAUCUCGUUGCUCCAGGUAACAGUUAUAAUGGUGAAUUCAAUAGAUUGAUUGCUCGCACAGUAUUAAAACCUGAAAAUGUGAUGCAAGUAGGAAAAUCUGGAAAGAAAGUGUCAAAUACGACAGACGACGGUGUAAACGAUGAUACGUCUACGGAAGUUGUGCAGAUUGUGGAAGAAGGUCACGUAGAAGUUGAAGAAGAACCUCAGAACUUGCAGGAGACAAAAGAGAGUGCGACAGUGGAGGUGAAGAUGGACAGGUACGAGGAAUUAAUUUCUUUAGAAAACUGCGACGUCAUACCGAACUCCGAACCGAUCGAAUGUCCCGUAUGCUUCGUUACAUACGGCCCUCGCGAAGGAGUGAUUUUAAGGGAUUGCUUGCAUAUGUUCUGCAGAUCGUGUAUUGCCAAUACGAUUCGAUACUGCGAAGAAGCCGAAGUGAAAUGUCCUUACAGAGACUCGCAAUACACCUGUGAAUCCACUCUCCAAGAACGUGAAAUUAAAGCACUCGUCGAACCUGAGGUCUACCAGCAACAUUUAGCGAAAUCGAUCGCUCAAGCGGAAAAUAAUGCUGGGAAUAACGCGUUCCACUGUAAAACCCCAGACUGUCCUGGUUGGUGCAUCUACGACGACGAUGUGAACAAUUUCCUUUGCCCUGUAUGCAAUGCAAACAAUUGUCUUACUUGCCAGGCCAUUCACGCUGGCAAAAAUUGCAAGCAGUACCAACAAGAGCUAAGAUUAUCGAAAGAAACGGAUCAAGAAUCGCGAAGAACUGCGGAGAUGCUCGAGGAAAUGGUGGACAAAGGUGAGGCACUCGCGUGUCCCACCUGUGCAGUUGUUUUAAUGAAGAAAUGGGGUUGCGAUUGGUUACGCUGUUCAAUGUGCAAAACUGAAAUAUGCUGGGUAACGAGAGGCCCGCGUUGGGGCCCAGGAGUGAGUAACCGAUACGUAAUAAUGUCGAUAUUGAAAUAUUAAUACGUGUAAUAACAAUUUGAUAAUUUGAUAAUUCCUUUAUUGAUCGUAUUUUGGCUGUUCGCAGGGAAAGGGGGACACAUCCGGAGGCUGUAGAUGCGGAGAGAAUGGAGUCAAGUGCCAUCCCCGUUGCAAUUACUGUCACUGA